AUGAGCUCCUCCCUAUUUUGUUUUUAUGCCAUAUUUGCCUUCCUUAGCAAAACUUCCUUCUACCUGCCUGGAAAUGUUUCUGAUCACCGAGCAUUACUUUCAUUCAAGGCCAACAUGAUCGGAGAUCCUCUUCAAUCAUGGAAUGAGUCUACCCAUUUCUGUAAUUGGGUUGGAAUAACUUGUGGUCGCGAACACCAACGAGUUGUAACAAUCGAUUUGGAGUCGAGCAACCUUCAAGGCUCUUUGUCCCCUGCAAUUGGGAACUUGAGUUUUCUUAGAGAAUUGAUUCUUUACAACAACACUCUAUCAGGCACACUUCCAAGUACCAUUGGUGCACUGAAUAGCUUGACUGAACUCAACAUCAAUCAUAAUCUUUUUCAUGGAUUUAUCUCUCCUUCUUUCAGUUCUUUAAAACGCCUUGAAAUUUUAGAUCUAUCUUGUAAUAACCUCACAGGAAAAAUAUCUGAAUUUCUAGGUAAACUUCAGUACUUGAAGCGGUUGAAUUUAUCAUUUAACCAUUUGGAAGGUGAGAUACCUACUGAAGGGAUUUUUAAACACAAGACUGAAGUUGAGCUUGUUGGUAACAACCUUUGUGGAGGUAUUCCACAAUUUGGGUUGCCAACAUGCCCAAGAGAAGGGGAAAGACAACAUCUGUCCCAUAUUCAAAAGUUGGCAAUUUUAAUUUCGAGUGGGACUUUGAUUCUGCUGAUAAUUGUGGCUCUCAGUGUGUUCAUUUACAAGCAGAAGAACAAGCAGCCUUUAACGUUGGAUGCAACAACAGAGCUCAUGCCUAAGUUGUCAUAUUGGGGUAUCCAGAAGGCAACUAAUGAAUUUUUUAAAUCCAACAUAAUUGGUUUUGGAAAAUUCAGCACUGUUUACAAAGGCAUUCUUGAUGGUAGUUUGGGAAUUGUUGCAAUUAAAGUGUUCAAGCUUCAAGUUAGAGGAGCAUCCAAGAGCAUUUUGGCGGAAUGUGAAGCAUUGAGGAAAAUUAGGCACCGAAACUUGGUAAAGGUUUUGACAGCUUGUUGUAGCAUUGACCAUGAGGGUAAUGACUUCUUGGCCAUUGUUUAUGAGUAUAUGAUCAAUGGUAACAUGGACAAUUGGAUGCACAAUCACUCAAAAGACAUAGGAGAGAAAAAUGAUUUAAAGAAUUUGAACUUGUUACAGAGGGUAAAUAUUGCAAUUGAUGUGGCAAAUGCACUUGAUUAUCUUCAUAAUCAAUUGGAGACAGGUUUAAUACAUUGUGAUUUGAAGCCAAGCAAUAUUUUGUUGGAUGGAGACUUGGUUGGUCACGUGGCUGAUUUUGGAAUAGCAAAGUUUCUUCCCACGGAAGUUACACUUGCAUCUUCAUCUAACCAAGUGAGUUCAUCUAUAGGAAUUAAAGGGACUUUUGGAUAUGCAGCUCCAGAGUCUGGGAUGGGAAGUGAUUUGUCAACAUUUGGUGAUAUGUAUAGCUAUGGGAUCCUUUUACUAUAAAUGUUUGCCAGUAAA